AUGCACAACCCAUAAGACCAAUUAAAAAAAGCAUUAAAAAGAUAUAACAAUCCAGAUAAGGCCAAUAAUAAUCGCAAUUGUAGAUCUUAAUAACUUUAAAUGCCUUAAGUUCCAAAAGGAAUGCUAAGCAUGAAUAGCGCAUUAAAGUCUGAACGAAAUGCUAAAUUAAGUGAUACAGGUAAAAGAUAAUUAUAUUUUAGAUACAACUGAUGUCACUCAUUAUAAUCUCAAUUUUUCAUAACCAAUUCAAUCCUCAAAUUAAGUUGAACAUUUGGACCUAAACUUCUUUAAAAUUUAACUUUGCAAAAUUCCAGGUAGCCAUAGCCAUAAACAUUGCCCAUUUUAUCACAAUGCUAAAGAUAGAAAAAGGUAUACAAAUUAACAAAAUUAGAAAUAAUACUUAAUAUUCAUCGGAAUUAUGUACAAAUGUAGAAAAUAAUCAAUAAUGUCCUUAUGGUGAUAAUUGCAAUAAAGCACAUAAUAGAGUUGAAUAACUAUAUAGAGCGGACAAUUAUAAGACUAAAUUCUGUUCAUUUUAUCCAAAUAAUAUAUCUUAAUGUGAUUAUGGAAAAUUUUGUUCUUUUGCACACUCUGAAGCAGAUAUAGUUAUAGAAUUAAUUCAUAAUUUAGAAUAUGAUGAUGAUUUCUUUAUGUUUUAUUAUAAGAGUGUAUGGUGUCCUUUCAAUCUUACACAACAUGAUAAAGCUUUAUGUGUAUAUGCUCAUAAUUGGUAAGAUUUUCGAAGAAAACCAUAAAUUUAUUAAUAUAAUCCAAUUCCAUGUUAAAGUUGGAAUACUGGAGAAUAUAUCUUAGAAUAUUACAAUGGAUGUUAGGAAGGUUUUAAUUGUAGUAAAUGUCAUGGUUGGAAAGAAUUAGAAUAUCAUCCAAUGUUGUUUAGAACAAAAUAAUGUAUAAAUUAACAUUGUUAAAAGAGUGAUUGUUCAUUUUAUCAUAAUAAUUAAGAGAAAAGGUAAAAAAGGAUUAAAAUAAUUAUUAGAUGCAUUGAUUAAUUAUCUCAAUUUAGAGUAUUUAAGAUAGUUCCUAGAAAUAGAAUUGUAUAGAAUACGUUUAAGGUUAGAGAUUAGAGUCUUUUAAAUUCAUAGAGAAAUGUAAGUAAUAAGUCUUAGGAUUUAACGUUGAGUUAUUAGAAAUAUUGCAGUACAAGUGAUUAGUAAUGGCUUGGACAUAAUUUACAGAAUAGUUUUUAAUAUGAUUAGGAUUCAGAUGAAGGAAAAUAAAAUAAUAAAGGAUAACAUUAUUAGACAACAUUAAUUUCGAUUUAAGAAAGAACAGGUAAAUAUAUAUGAUUAGAAUAUGAAGAUUCUGAUGAAUUAAAAGAUUUAAAAGACUUAAUGAGAAAGAAAUCAAAUUCAGUUAUUGAAGAUAAAUAAAAUAAUGAAGAUAAUGAGCAUGUUAGAACAGUUUUGAAAAUGAUUGACAUGGACCAGUGA